UUCCUCUCUCCGGUCCAAUAUUCUUGAGCGGUUCUGUUAGCCAUGUUCUGCUCGGAUGACCCGGUUCACCACCAGCUCCUCACUUAUGACGAGCUGGAAGAGCUCCUGUCGAUCCUCGAGUCAGAGAGCCCCGUCAGCCCCAAUAACUCUUGCUCAGAGGGCUCGAACCGGACCCUCAGUUCCGCAGAGGAUGAUCGGAAGCGGAGGCGGAUGGAAUCAAACCGGAAGUCGGCGGCCCGGUCCCGCUAUCGCAAGAAGCAGCACCUUGAGGAGCUCACGGACGAGUUGAACCGGCUGGGUGUCGUGAACCGGGAACUUAAGAGCCGGCUCGAAUACGCCAUGACCCAGUUCUUCACCGUGCAGACGGAAAACGAGCGGUUGAGAUCCGAGUGUGCGUCCCUAUCAGCUCGGCUCUCGGAUCUACAUUGGAUUCUACUCGCCAUGCAAAAUCACAUCAACCCUCGUUAAUUUUGACUUAAUAACCAAUAAUUCCUCUCUCUCUCUCUCUCUCCCCGUUCUUUAGUUAGGCAGGACGAGUGACCAAAGAGGAUACGAUGGGUGAAGAGUCUUUAAUGAAGCAGAGCUACGUAAAUACAGAGUUUUUAUAUGCUCGGCUAGUCGAGUGUUUCCCAUGCAUAAUGUACAAAGCUUCUUUUUUAUCCAUUUUUCUUGCUGUCGUCAACCCUAGAUUGUACUAGGGUUUUGUUCUCCUGUCGCUGUCACAUUCUCAG